AAUCUCUGAACUUUGAAACAAUCUGGCGCUUUUAUAUUACUAUUAAAGCGAGUGGCUUCUCUAGGGUUUCUCUUUCCCUCAACCUCUUCUUUAUUAAACUCUCUCCUCCUCUGUGGCAAGGGUGGAAAAAUCUCAACUUUGACACCUUUCUGUACUGUCUUCCCAUCAGAUGAUUGUGAAUAGCUGACAUCAUAGUACGUUAGUACUUAUGAACUGUAAUUGCUAUUGUUCACUCUGACUCCAAAUAGGCGAUUACGGUUGUGCCCAACAUGGAAACCAAAAGUUCUAAUGUUUCACGAGCUGAAGAAAUCAAAUCCCUUGCUAAUGAAGCCUUCAAAGCCCACAAAUAUGCGCAGGCAAUUGAACUAUAUACACAAGCAAUUGAACUACAUAGUCAGAAUGCUGUAUACUGGGCCAAUCGUGCAAUUGCCCACACUAAGCUGGAGGAGUAUGGCAGUGCUAUACAGGAUGCUACGAGGGCCAUCGAAAUUGAUCCCAAAUACUCAAAGGGUUACUACAGGCGUGGCGCUGCUUAUCUUGCCAUGGGAAAAUUCAAGGAAGCAUUAAAGGACUUCCAACAGGUCAAGAAAAUCUGUCCAAAUGACCCUGAUGCUGCAAAAAAACUAAAAGAAUGUGAGAAAGCAGUAAUGAAGCUUAAAUUUGAAGAAGCAAUUGCUGUAGCUGAGUCAGAAAGGCGUUCCGUGGCAGAUUCUAUUGAUUUUCGCUCCAUAGGGAUCACUCCCAGUUCAUCAUCCCUGCCCACCCAAGUGGCUAUAGUAGCAGUGACAGUACCAAUCGUUGCAGCAGCUGUUAUGGUGUUGGGAACGUCAACAGCCACAAAGGUGUUGGCAAUAGUGGUGGUGAUACUGGCAGUCCUAGGGACAAGUUGGUUGGGCUGUCGCAAUGGUAGUGGAUUCUUUACAAAGAGUGUGACACUUAACCUAGAAGUGGAGCCACAGUAUUCUGGUGCUAAAAUAGAAGGAGAUGUUGUUACAUUAGAUUUUGUGAAGAAAAUGAUCGAGGACUUCAAGAAUCAGCAGUGCUUACACAAACGAUAUGCAUUCCAGAUUGUCCUACAAAUGCGAGAAAUGUUGCAAGCUCUUCCUUCUCUAGUUGAUAUAAAUGUUAAUGCUGGUAAUCAUUUCACUGUUUGUGGUGAUGUGCAUGGGCAGUUCUAUGAUCUGUUAAAUAUAUUUGAGCUUAAUGGGCUCCCCUCAGAGGAGAAUCCGUAUCUGUUUAAUGGUGACUUUGUAGACAGGGGAUCAUUUUCUGUGGAGGUUAUCCUCACAUUGUUUGCAUUCAAGUGCAUGUGUCCAUCAGCUAUAUAUCUUUCUAGAGGAAAUCAUGAAAGCAAGAGCAUGAACAAGAUAUAUGGCUUCGAGGGUGAGGUCAGGUCCAAGUUGAGUGAAACAUUUGUGGAACUCUUUGCCGAAGUCUUCUGUUGUUUACCUCUGGCUCAUGUAAUAAACGAAAAGGUGUUUGUGGUACAUGGAGGCCUGUUUAGUGUUGAUGGCGUGAAACUUUCUGACAUUAGAGCAAUUGAUCGCUUUUGUGAGCCUCCGGAGGAAGGAUUGAUGUGUGAAUUGCUAUGGAGUGAUCCACAACCUUUCCCUGGAAGAGGCCCCAGCAAGAGGGGUGUAGGACUCUCUUUUGGUGCAGAUGUGACCAAAAAGUUUUUACUGGAUAAUAAUCUAGAGUUAGUUGUACGAUCUCAUGAAGUUAAGGAUGAAGGUUAUGAGAUCGAGCAUGAUGGUAAACUUAUUACAGUUUUUUCUGCCCCAAAUUAUUGUGAUCAGAUGGGUAACAAGGGUGCUUUUAUUCGGUUUGAAGCCCCUGAUUUGAAGCCAAGUAUCGUGACCUUUUCAGCCGUGCCUCAUCCUGAUGUUAAGCCAAUGGCAUAUGCAAACAACUUUCUUCGUAUGUUUUCAUAGUUCAUAAUCCUGAAUGCAACAUCAAUAGUGUAUUAUUUGUUGCCGGGGAAAACAGUAAUACUGAAGUUGUUUUUCAAGGCAGCUGGUGAAGAGCUGUAUGGGGAAGAUUCAGCCUCUAAGUUGUAAUUUUUCUUGGACAUAUGCUUUUCUCAGUUUUUUGCGGCUGAAUAAUGGUUUUCAGGUGUUCAGUAAUCAUUGUUAGAUAUCCCUUUCUGAAGCAGCUGUAGGUUGUAAAAUGUAUAAAUGUUUUCUUUUUGUUGCCAUGGCAUUGUUUUCAUGCUUCUCAUAAGCUUUUUAUCAGGUACAUGCCUCCCCUUCCGAGGCUUGGGAUUUCUUUUUCAAGAAUUACGUAAAUGAAGUUUCAAAUUUCGUGUCUUGGCUAAAUUAA